GCGGGCCGUGCAAAUUGUAGUGGGACGACUGUCUCAGUUUUAGUACUCGGAGGGACUGCGCGGACUCUAUUCUUUUGCUCUUUUUGCACUCAGGACAAGACAGAGAUGAGCACCCCGGGAGGACUGGUGACAAAUCGUGGGCGGCGUUUCAAAUGGGCCAUUGAACUGAGUGGUCCAGGGAGUGGUAGUAGGGGCCGGAGUGACCGGAGCAGUGGCCAGGGGGACACCCUCUAUCCUAUAGGCUACUCAGACAAGCAGGUGCCUGACACAAGUGUUCAGGAGACAGAUCGCAUCCUGGUGGAAAAGCGCUGCUGGGAUAUCGCCCUGGGUCCUCUGAAGCAAAUUCCUAUGAACUUAUUCAUCAUGUACAUGGCAGGCAACACAAUCUCCAUAUUCCCCACCAUGAUGGUGUGUAUGAUGGCCUGGAGACCCAUCCAAGCACUCAUGUCCAUCUCUGCCACCUUCAAGCUGCUCGAGAGUUCAAGCCAGAAGUUCCUUCAGGGCCUGGUGUAUUUAAUUGGCAACCUCCUAGGGUUGGCCCUGGCUGUAUACAAGUGCCAGUCAAUGGGACUGCUGCCAACUCAUGCCUCUGACUGGCUGGCUUUUAUUGAGCCACCGCAGCGCAUGGAGCUGACAGGUGGUGGUCUAGUGUUAUGACCUGACCUGACCUGACCCAGAUCAUGAAGCUCGCUGCUGCUUUAGGGGUGUGGAUACAAUCACCACCAUAGUCGUUACUUCUUCCCUCGCGCUACCUAACUCCAAAAAUCCUGGAUCCCAAGUCUGUGUCGCUGCUUUGUAGAACUACAGAUGGACAUGCAUAGACAAAAAGGGAAAUAGAAUACAAAGGUCUGAAGUGUUGUGUGGCAGGAGGGGCAGAUGGCUCAUCACAAGUUCUUUUUACUUCUCGUGGACUGUACAAUAAACGUGUUAACAUACUUUAA